AUGUCGUCUACAAUUGACGCACCGCGACAAUAUAAUCAGCCUUCUCGUAAAGGCAAGAAAGCCUGGAGAAAAAAUGUGGAUGUCACAGAGGUCCAAGAAGGCCUCCGGGCGUUGAAAGAGGAAGAAAUUAAAGGUGGUGUUCUGGCCGAGAAACCGUCCGACGAACUGUUCACAAUCGACACCACUGGUUCAGAAGAAGUCCGCAAGGCGAUCGAGAAGAAACACAAGCCACUGAAAUCCGAAGAGAUCAUCGCUCAACGGUCCGCGAUCCCGGCAGUAGAUACUCGGAAACGUCUCAGCUCGAAAGUCACAGAUGGAGUCAUUGAACCGAAAACCAAGAAGCAGAAGAGCGACUGGGUCACUCGGAAGGAUUGGUUGCGCCUCAAGCAGGUGGCUAAGGACAACAACCCAACCAACAAGGUCGAAACCGGUGCCAAUUAUGAUCCUUGGGCCGACAACGAAGACCAAAGUCCGUUUGACGACCCUCAGUUCGACUUCCUGGAAAAGCCAAAGCCCAAGGUUGCUCCCGUGACGCUGAAGCACGCCCCGAUUUCGCUCGCUGCGAAUGGAAAGCCCAUUCCUGCGGUCCGCGCCCCCAAGGCUGGUACGAGUUACAACCCGACGUUCGAGGAAUGGGAUCACUUGCUGCAGGAACAGGGACAGCAGCAAGUAGAUAUCGAGAAGAAGCGCUUGGAAGAGGAACAAAAGGAGCUAGAGAGGCAGCGUUUGGUCGAAGAGGCCCAAGAUGACGACGGAGUAGCGAGGUCGGAUGACGAGAGCGCUUGGGAAGGGUUUGAAAGCGAAUACGAAAAGCCGGACUGGCUGAAGAAGAAACGACCUGAGCGGAAGACGAAGACUGAGAGGAACAAGGCCAAGAGACGCAAGGAAGCCGAGAGAAAGGCAAAGUGGGAGGCCAAGCAGAAGACGAAGGACGAACAAGUUGCACAGGCAAAGUCUCUCGCUCAACAACUAGAGGAGCAGGGGCUUGAAAAACAGGAUUCCGAUGCUGAUUCCUCUGACGAGGGUGAUGAGGCUGCUCUGCGACGGAGACCUUUUGGAGGAAAGAACGCGCCACCCCAAAAGAACCUGGAAGUUGUUCUACCGGACGAAUUGCAGGACUCCCUGCGUCUACUAAAACCCGAAGGCAAUCUCCUCGACGAUCGAUUCCGCACGUUGAUCGUCCAGGGCAAGCUGGAAUCUCGCAAGCCGGUCUCGCAGCCCAAGAAGGCCAAGAGAAAGGUGACCGAGAAGUGGUCUUACAAGGACUUCAAGGUCCCGGGAGUGUAG